AUCUAUAUGAUGCGUAUAAUAUGUGGUCUCCAUUCUUCAACACUUUCCCAACGGCUUAAAUACAAGAAUACAAAAUCAAAGGUCUUCUUCUCUGUUCCCUUCUAUGUACUUUAACGUUAAAUACAAAUGUACAUUUUCACAAAAAUACAUAGAAAAAGCAGUGAGAAAAGUCAGUUGUGAAAGCUUUUUCCUUUUUACCAUUACCAUUACUACUGCUACUGAAAAAGAAAAGAGGAUUUCUGAAAUUUAUUUUGCCCUUUGGAUUCCGUCACUUUCAGACCACGCUUCUCCGUUCCCGAUUUUUCAAACCCAUUUACUCUACUUCUGGAUUUUGUCAUUUGAUUUGGUUUUUGACCACUUCCAUUAUAUUUUAUUGCUUUCCAAAUAAAGGGUUGUCUUUUUCUUUCUUCGUUUCAGUUCAGAGUUUCAGACGAGCUGGUGUUUUUGUUUUUUGGAGAUUGUUUUGUUCUGGCUGGCUUUGGGCGUUUGGUGUUUUUGUUUUUGUGCUUUUGGCUGAUAUCUUGUUAAUUCUUUUGUGGGACAUUUUACACAUCUUUUCUUCAUUCGUUGUUGUUGUUGAGGUUUUUAAUUUUCUGGGCAAACUCGCUUCGCAUCAACGUCUGUCUGUUGUGAUUCUGUUGAGCGUCUGUUUUUUGUGAGUGGAAGAACACUUUUUUAAUCUGGACUGGAAUCGUAGAAAAAAAAUUUGUGGAGCAUCUCCUUUUUCACCUGUCUUGAUAUGAAUUUAGCUACAGUGGCAGGGUUUCAAAUUUUGAGCUGAAGUUUACUGGAACCUGUAAAGUUAGGAUUUUUUUUUUUUUUUUUUCUGGGUUCAUCCCAAUUGCUCUUUUGAAGUUGAGAUUCUUGGUGAAAUACUCAAUCGGCUAUUGUGGAGAUCUGGGACUUACUUCAUCUAUUAUGCCCUAUGAGGGGAACUCUUUUCCCUUCCGAGUCUUGCAAGGAGACACAUGUGAAUUCCAUUAAUCCUCAGUCAUGGCUUCAAGUUGAAAGAGGCAAGCUUUCCAAAGUUUCAUCCGGCUCUCCUUCUUCCAUAGAAUCACUUGUAAAAGUGCCUGAGCCUCCAGUUCUUCCGUAUUUUAAGCCUGUGGAUUAUGUGGAUGUAUUAGCUCAACUCCAUGAAGAAUUGGAGUCAUGUUCUCCACAAAAGAGGUCAAAUCUGUAUUUGUUCCAGUAUCAGGUGUUUAAGGGUUUAGGGGAAGUAAAAUUGAGGCGGACGAGUCUUCACUCAGCUUGGCUGAAAUCAAGUAGUGUUUACGAGAGGCUUGUUUUUGGGGCAUGGUUAAAAUAUGAGAAGCAAGGAGAAGAGCUCAUUUCUGACUUGAUGUCAUCUUGUGGGAAAUGUGCAAAGGAAUUUGGGUUGAUCGAUGUUGCAGCUGAACUGCCUUCGAGCACUUACUCAUUUUCUCCCCCAACUGGCAUCACAGGUAGGAAGGAUGUCUCAGGGAGUGUUACUUUUCGGGUUAGAAAUGAGAGAGUAGUGUGUGAUAGGCAGAAGAUUGCUAACCUCUCUGCUCCAUUUCAUGCCAUGCUUAAUGGCUGCUUUACAGAAUCAUUUCUUGAGGAGAUCGACUUGUCUGAGAACAAUAUUUCUCCUCAAGGUAUGAGGGUCAUAAGUGAGUUUAGCGCCUCAGGCCAUUUAGAUGAAGUACCCCCGGAUCUUCUGCUAGAAAUAAUGGUAUUUGCCAAUAAAUUUUGCUGUGAAAGACUGAAGGAUUGUUGUGAUAGAAAACUUGCUUCAUUAGCUACUUCCAGACAAGAUGCAGUGGAGCUGAUGGAAUAUGCUCUGGAAGAAAAUUCUCCAGUUCUUGCUGCAUCAUGUUUUCAAGUAUUUCUGCAUGAACUUCCGGAUUCUCUAAAUGAUGAUCAGGUUGUUAAGUUGUUGUGUUGUUCAAGUAGGGAGCAAAGGUCAAUAAUGGUUGGCUCAGCGGCAUUUUCUCUCUACUGUUUCUUGGGUGAAGUCUCCUUCAACCUUGAUCCCCGUUCAGAUAGGACUGUACUUAUCUUAGAACAGUUAGUGGACUGUUCAGAAACUGCCCGGCAGAAAAUGGUGGCAUUUCAUCAGUUAGCUUGUGUUAGACUCCUUAGGAAAGAGUAUGACGAAGCGGAAGAGCUCUUUGAGGCUGCUUUAAACGCUGGCCAUGUUUAUUCCAUGGUUGGGUUGGCUAGAUUGAGUCAAAUAAAGGGCAAGAGACAAUGUGCUUUUGAGAAACUUAGCUCAGUCAUAUCUUCUUACCCACCGCUUGGAUGGAUGUAUCAAGAGAGAUCUCUUUACAGUGACGGGGAUAGCAGAUUGGAUGACCUUGAGAAAGCAACUGAGCUAGACCCAACUCUAAUUUACCCUUACAUGUAUCGGGCUGCAUCCUUGAUGAGGAAGCAUGAUGCACAAGCUGCCCUUCAUGAAAUCAAUCGCAUUCUUGGGUUCAAGCUAUCAUUAGAGUGCUUGGAGUUGCGACUUUGCUUCUACCUUGCUAUCGAGGAUUACCAGUCAGCCAUAUGUGAUAUUCAAGCUAUCCUUACUCUUGCCCCGGAUUACAGGAUGUUUGAUGGGCGCGUAGCUGUGUCCCAACUUCGUACUCUUGUGCGUGAGCAUGUCGAGAAUUGGACAACUGCUGAUUGUUGGCUUCAAUUGUAUGAUAAAUGGUCGUCAGUAGAUGACAUUGGUUCACUGUCCGUGAUAUACCAAAUGCUCGAGUCUGAUGCGGCUAAAGGAGUUCUGUACUUCAGGCAGUCUUUGCUUCUCCUCAGGUUGAAUUGUCCAGAUGCAGCCAUGCGGAGUUUGCAAUUGGCUCGCCAAAAUGCUUCUAGUGAUCAUGAACGUUUGGUGUAUGAGGGCUGGAUUUUGUAUGAUACAGGACAUUGUGUGGAAGGUCUUCAGAAAGCAGAGGAGUCUAUUAGCCUGAAGAGAUCUUUUGAAGCCUUCUUCUUGAAAGCCUAUGCUUUGGCUGAUUCAUGCUUGGAUCCAUCUUGUUCAUCUGCUGUUAUAGCACUUCUUGAGGAAGCUUUGAAGUGCCCUUCGGAUAGACUUCGGAAAGGCCAAGCCUUGAACAAUCUUGGAAGUGUCUAUGUGGACUGCGGGAAACUAGAUGCUGCGGCUGAUUGCUACAUUAACGCUCUUAAAAUUCGGCAUACACGAGCUCAUCAGGGCCUUGCUCGUGUGCAUUACCUGAAAAAUGAUAAGAAUGCAGCGUAUGAGGAAAUGACGAAACUGAUCGAGAAAGCCCGAAAUAAUGCAUCUGCCUAUGAGAAGAGGUCAGAGUAUUGUGAACGUGAACUCACAAAGGCAGAUCUGGAAAUGGUCACCGCUUUAGAUCCUCUUCGAGUAUAUCCUUACAGAUAUCGAGCAGCAGUUUUGAUGGACAACCACCAACCUAAAGAAGCAAUUGCAGAGUUAUCAAAGGCGAUUGCAUUUAAGGCAGAUCUUCACCUGUUACACCUUCGGGCUGCUUUCCAUGAACACGUCAACAAUGUAAUGGGAGCAUUGCGAGAUUGUAGAGCCGCCCUCUCAGUUGAUCCGCACCAUCAAGAAAUGCUUGAUUUUCAUAGCCGAGUUAAUAGCCGGGACAUGAGUUCUGGGUUAGGGGCGUAAUAGAGAGGUAGAUGUAAAAAAAGAGUUGAAAGAAAGUAGAUGGGUGAGUUUUGUGUUGUAACAUUAGAGCAUACCAGUGGGAGCAACACCACUUCAUGUAUUGUAAUGUAAUAUCCCCUGUCAAUUCUUCCUCACCAGUUCUUAAAUUUUGUAACAAGAUGCAAUUUUUUUUUGUUAAUCAAAGCAAAUCAUCCCCAGUGUAAAAAAAAAGAACUUUCCUUUCAUGAACCUUGCGGAAUGACAUUUUGUACCAUCUAUUUUUCGGUUUUUUUUUUUCCCUCUCAAGGUAAAUUGAAUCUCUUGUUACUGUGAGGAGGGAGAAUUAAUUAAAAACAAUAAUACUCCAAAAAUAUUCCAAUGACCAUUGGCACAAGCCAGUCAUAUGGAACAACACCAAGUUUUAACAGUCCUCAGACAGUCUGCAUCAUUGUUCUCCAAACCAUUGUCUCUCACAACGCAGACGUUCUCCUCCAACUCGCUGAACAUUUCAACAUUAUCUCUCACAACAGAAAGGUUCUCCAAACACUUGACCACUUCCUUCAUAUUUGGGCGGUUUCCCACCCUAAUGUCCACACAAAGCCUUGCCAACUUGGAGAUUAUCAGUCCAUCGCGAGCAUUAAAAUAAGGACCUUCUUCCAAACUCUGGUCAACAAAGGAUACUUCAGGUUCAGCGGGAGACUUCUUGCGCCGGCGAAAGAGUUUUUCAACAAAGGAUACUUUAUGGGGAGUUUUCAAGGGAUAUACCAUACAAGCAUGUUCAUGGAGAAAAAACCGCUUUCCAACUCCAGGGAGUUCAUCAACCUUGCGUUUGAAAGAAGCUCAUAAAGAAUGACACCAUACGCAAAGACAUCUGAAAACUCUCUGACAAAACCUGCACAGAAAAUAGCACGUAAGACACCAGAAAGCUAACAGAAAUAGCAGGCACAACGUUUCUGGAAGCUCAGUUGAUGGUAAUGUCCAAUGUGAUUACGACUAACAGGAAUAACCAAUGCUUCUAAUGCAUGCCUGGUAAAGUAUCAAAAUGUUACCAGAACAAAGAGAAAUAUCCAAGACCACAAUGCUAACAAAACAUUCACGUGAAGAUAAGCAUAUAUUGCCAUAAUUCCUCCAAAAACAGAAGUACAGAUCAAGUGUAAUGUUCGCUGUGGCUUCAAAAAAAUAGAUCAGAGUACACAAUAGUGAACUUCUCUAAUCAACAUAAGAGCUUCAACUGACAGGUUGGUACAUAUAUGUAUAUAUAUGAGGUCUCUUCAUAUUCAACAUCCAUAAACACAGAGUCCAUCUCUUGUUACGAUUUUUAUAUCAGCUUCAAGAAUUCUUUUUACCCAGAAUAGUGCGUGACAAUAGUUCCUUGAUUAUGAAACCUUGGCACAAAUGACAUAAAUAAUUAUUUAAGGCAGAAAAAGUGAAACUACGAAAUCUUGUUGAAUACAUCCAAAUAUGUGAACAGAGUACACACCUGAACAAAUAUAAGAAUAAUCAACGUAGCCCUCUGACCCAAAUAAAAAUCGAUCUGCAAGACCUUGAAGAUCCCUCGGCCCAUUGACCAGCAUGAAAUAGUUGAACAGGACAGGGUUCCAAUCCCAGAUUGCAAUAAGAAAUUGCCUUAGGACAAAAACAACUAAUAAAAAGACUCGAGUGAUCAGGAUAUUAGACCUUGUCAAGCAUUAUGUGGGCAGCAGAAAGAUCGCGGACCAAGUAUCCCGGCUGAUCAUGAAUCAGAUACUUAAGAAGACGAGCAAGUCCAACAGCUACCUUAAUUCUUUCAAGCCAUUUAAACUCCGCUGGGUGUGCAAACAAAAGAAGUAAAAAUUAUAUCAACAAUAUGAGUCGGGGAAGGUACCGAGAACAUAAAACUUACCAUUUCAUGAGAAUACGGCCACACCAGCUAAUAUGCAUAACUUACAGGUGGUUCUUACUAUUAUAAAUUCACAAGUUCCUUCAAUUUUUUUCAAAUUUAACCAAAAGAGUCACAUCCCAUUCACAAUGACCACAAAUUUAAAUAACUGAGCAUAGGCUAAAUGGGCUUGCAACAAAAUAUCCUCAAAAAAUUUCCGCAUCACAGGUAAUGUUAUGGUUUCUGCAAUUGCUGGAAGACAAACCUUUAUCAACAAAGUCACGCAGCGUAUUUGACGACUGAAGAUCAUAAACGACACCCAUGAACUCGCCACCAUUAUCAUGGGUAUACGCAAUCAGUCUUGGCAAGUAACCACAUGAAGUUGCUUUGUCAGACUUGAGAAAAUCUACUUCAAGCUGAAACAAAACAAGUAGUGAAUGAAGUUGGUAAAGAAAGUAGUAUUUUCCAACAAGUAAAUGGAAGUCGAAGAUGAGAUAAAGUUACCAACAUUGAACUUUUCCACAGGUUCGGAGGGAUGUAGGCGGCAAGUAUUUGUCUUAUCUAGGUGCUCAGUUUUUACCCACACCUUGACGGUCACAUCUCCACCUUUAACCCCUUUCCAACCUUGAGGAAUCUUACCAUGGUAAAGAUUGCAAUACUGACUGGCAAAUAAAAUUUUCUUGACUAAAAUGGUCUGUGAAAGUUUCCAAAUCCUGUUUGUCAAUUUCCACAACUCCAGUUUGAUUCCCCGCCAUCACCUUCAUAGGACACCUAUGGAAACAAGAUAUCAUAAGGAAACCAAGGGGACCGCAACCCACAAAAAUCCAAACCCAAAAAUAAAAAGGAAAAAAAAAAACCCACAGAAAAUAUAAUCCAUUCUCAAAAACCUUUAAAUUUAUACGGGGGAUGACCAAGAACACAUACUUGUCAGGGCUUAUAUUAUGCAAAGAACACACUCAAAUACAUUCAAUAGGAUGGGGUGCACAUACUUGUCAGGGCUUAUAUUAUGCAAAGAACACACUCAAACACAUUCAAUAGGAUGGGGUACAGGGGAAACCCUAAUUACAGGCUAAAGAUGACCUAAAAAACAACUUAAAACGGAGGAAUAAGAAACCCUACUUACGGAACCAUCAAUUUCAUUCCACAAAAUCCAUGCUAAAGCAGUGACAAAAAGAAAAAACGAAAACAAAGAACAAAGAUCAUACC